AUGACAAACAACUCUGCUGGAUCUGAGCUUCCCAUAGCAAUAGAAAUGAUCAAACCCCCAAAUGCAACGAGAAAUGAUAAAUUCGAUGAAUUGAUAUUAGAUUAUUUUAUUCAUGAAGGGUAUGAGGAUGCUGCAAUUCGGUAUAGCCGUUGUGGAAAAGAACAAGAUGCUGAAAUGGAUCUAGAAAUUAAAAACAGGGACGAUAACAGCGAUAGUAUUAGUGGUGGGCAACCAACCUUUCAGGGUGAUAAGAAGGAUCAGAUACUACAACCACCUAACAGUCUAUUCAUUGACAAUAUGAACCGAUUGAGUAACGACAAAGAGUUUUCCGAUAUGGUUAUUAGUUACUUUAAUAACACCAGUAGUAAACACAAUAAUAAUAAUGAUGAAAGUGGGAGUGCUAGUUUUCCCGAUAUUAAUGAUAUUGAGGCAACAAGUAAUUGUGAUAAAAAGAUAGAGUCUGGUUUUGCCACAAUUAGGCAACGUCAAGAGAUUAAGCAUUUGAUUUUGAAUGGCGACAUUAGUCAAGCAAUCAAACAAAUUAGUCAAUAUUAUCCAAUGAUUUUAGAUUUGAACAAUUUAUUACAUUUCAAAUUGUUGCGAUUAAACCUCGUGGAAAUGAUACGUAACCACAAAUUUAAUACUAAGAGUAGUAAAAGUAGUAUUGACGAUUCGAUGGAUGCUGACCAAGAUGAACGGGAAUUUUUGGCAACAAUAUUGAAUUUUGUUCGAGAAAAUUUAAUCAAUAAAGUUUUUAAUCUGUUCAAACUACUAAAAGAAUUAGAAAUCACCAUGAGUUUAUUAUGUUUUAAAUUUGACCCUACUAUUGAAAACUUGCAAGACCAAACUGAUUUGCCGGUUGAAUUGAGGAAACUUUUUGACCUAUCAUUGAGGUAUCAAUGCUAUCGAUUAGUCAACAAUGCAAUUUUAAAACUCUAUAAUAACGAGUAUGCUAAUUCCAUUACUACAAUAACCAACAAAGGUAUGCAUCAAUCCAAAUCACCGUUUAAUGAUAGUUAUUACUUGACAAAUGAUGAAACAGUUCAAGAAUUAUUGGAAAACCAAGAGGAAUCCAAUAAACGGAAAAUGACCAAAACUUAUCACGGUCCUAAAUUUGCCGAAUUUGAUUUAUCAAACUAUGAUAAUUAUCGGAAACAUAAAACAAGACAACAACAGGAAAUAAACUAUAAUGGGUCGGAACUUGUUGAAUCAGAAGAACAACAACGUCAAGAUGAACAAGAAGAAUUAGAAGCAGUAGACGAGGACGAGGAGGACGAGGAGGAGGAAGAAAUAGGAUAUCAUAUUAAUCCCGAUGUUAACUUGUAUAGCAAUGGCCAUGCUGAUAAAGACACUAAGGACAGUAGCAUCGACAAUAUGGGGACUGAAAAUGAAGAUGAGAUGAAUAAAAUAAUAAAUUUGUCAUUGGAUUCAAGGUUGGAAAGAGUGAUUAAAUUAUGGUUAUUAACUGAACAGAGAAUUAAAGACCUGAACAUUGUUAUUACAAACCGAACCUAA